UACACGUUCAAUAGUACUCAAUCACGGUCUAACUUCGCUGCAUCAUCUUGUUCGCCACCUUCAUUCGUGAAGUCCUCCUGCCCUCUCGCCUCAUUUCCAGUCAUCGUCUCAGAAUGCUCGGUGACACAUUGAAAACCGUGCGCAAACUGGGGAUACGAUAUGUCUUGCUUCAAAUGCUCAACUUCGCCUCCGUCAUUGCUUCCGGACUCAUGAUAUGGAAAGGACUUGGUCUCCUCACGAACACAGAGUCGCCAAUCGUCGUCGUUCUGAGCGGCUCUAUGGAGCCCGCCUUCUACCGCGGCGAUCUCCUUUUCCUCACCAACCCACCGAAUACGCGGUAUCAAAAUGGCGAUAUUACGGUGUACAAGAUACCAGGACAGGACAUCCCGAUCGUGCAUCGUGUCCUCGAGACGCACGACGUGUCGAAGAAAGUGAAGGGCGUAAGGUUGGAGCCUAAGCCAGAAGACCAGCUGCUCUUGACGAAAGGUGACAACAAUUACCUCGACGACAUCGAGCUUUAUCAAGGUCUCGAAUGGCUCGAGAGGCGGCAUAUCGUAGGCAAAGUCAGAGGGUUCCUCCCAUACGUGGGAUAUGUGACCAUUGCUAUGAACGACUUCCCGCAACUCAAAUAUGCGCUUCUCGGGGGUCUCGGGCUGCUCGCGUUGAUACAGCGCGAAUAG